GUAGAAAGCUCACAGCGGAAAGGGCAGGUGGCCGCACUUAAAGCCGAACCAAACGAUGUCGAAGGAGGCUCGGCCAUUAAACUUGAGGUGAGACAGCCUUAUAAUCAGAGAAGUUGGAUCAGAGUGUUUUUCAAGAUCGCGAUACUGCGUGCGAUGACAGAAGACGGAGAUAAGCCUCAUAUUCCAGUCGUUUUCCAUGCAGCCAAACAUAAGAAGUACUGCUACAUGGUAAUGACACUGCUUGGUGAAAACCUAAAAUCUCUUAAGAUUAAUUGCUCAAAAGAACUCAUGACACCUCAAACUUGGAGCCGGCUCGGUGUUCAGUGCUUGUACAGGUACUAUCUUUAUUUGACCUCGUGGAAAAAAUAG